GCCUUACACAAGUUGAGGUUGUUACAUAUCACACGUAAGUGCGUCUUCUUUAUCUAACACGCCUGUAUGUGACGGACGACUGAAUACAGAUCUCGAUAUUUUCUGGGUUUUCAGUCAUUUUUUGCAUUUUAUCGUUCCACUACGGGCAGUAUUACAGUUUAAAGUCAAGAUGCUUAAAUCCAUCGGUCAAAUUUUGUUUUCCUCUGGACUCCAGCACCCAAAGUUCACUGCUCAACAGAGCAAGGGUGAAGACUAUGAGAUCCGUACUUACCACACAACAAACUGGGUGAGCACAUCUGUUACUGGCAUGGAGCAGGACCCGGCCUUUAACACAGGCUUCAGAAGACUCUUCAAAUACAUUCAGGGCAAUAAUGACACAAAGUGUAAGGUGGAGAUGACCUCACCAGUGAGCUGUAUGAUUGAGCCUGGUGCUGGACCUGCUUGUGAAAGCACCUUCACUAUCUCCUUCUUCAUCCCUGAGGAACAUCAGGCUGACCCACCUAAACCCACCGACGCAGAUAUUUUCAUAGAGAACCGAAAAGAGUUAACAGUGUUUGUGAGGACGUUUGGAGGCUUUGCUAACAGUGAGAGCAGCCGUGAGGAGCUUCUGAAACUGAUGGAGAGCCUCAAGAGGGAUGGGAUGAAAUUCAAAGAGGCUCCAUUCUACAGAGCGGGAUAUGACAGCCCCUUCAAACUGACCAACCGCAGGAAUGAGGUGUGGCUGAUCAAAGAUGAGGAAGAAAAAGCCUAAGGAUCAAAUGGGCAAGCCUUGUGAAUGAAGAGGAGGUCAAUUUGUUUGUUUGAAAAGUAUGUUGAAGUAAUAUUAAAUAUUUUCAUAAUAUAAGUAAUAAAAUAAUUUUCAUUAACUGUUUUUGUCACUAAUAAUGUAUCAAAGCACUUGUGUAAAGGUGCAAGUACUGCAUGACCUGACUGAAUCAAUAACUAUUUUAUUGUUGUGAAAUAUAACUACAUAAACUCAUCUGUAUUUUGAUCUGUUUAUAUUGCACUAAAUCUUGAAUCUAAAGAUUUAAGGGAAAAAUAACUAUUCAAUUGACACUAGUUUUUCUUUAUUUUAUCUUUCUGGUCUUAAAAUAACUGGUACACAUUGUAACCUUUGGCCCUCUAGUGGUUCAAAAUAAAACGGCACAAAUCUUGCGCAAGAACAUUGUUUUGGUUGUGAUUUGGCGCUGCGUGUAUGAAUAGUUAAACCAAAAUAUAGGGACUAUAUUGAAAGAUCUUGAGUUUUCGCUGAAGGGCGUGUCCGUGGCGGCCUGACAAAGUUCGAUGGGGGCGUAAAUCGUGGGGGGGUCGGGACUCGGUUUUGAGUCACCUCUCCCUUGCCUCACAGUGGUUUGGUCCACCGCGCACGUCACACUUGUGUGUGUACAAGUCCGGCGGCGCCGGCGGGAGAGAACAGGGGCCCGUUUCAGAAAGGAGGUUAAGUGAAAACUCUGAGUAUGUUAACCCUGAAAUGAGGGAAACUCUGGGUUUUCUGUUUCAGAAAGGGAGGUAUGUCAAACCCAAGAAAACAGGGUAAGUAAAGCCCGUUUCUAAAAGGGAGGUAACUCUUACUCCGAGUCAGUUACCAUGGUAACUUACUCUGUGAACCUAACCUGGUCGGGAGCAGGUUUUCUUCGGUAAACCAAGAGUUUUCUUAGGUCUCCUCCCCCUUUUUAAAGUGCAAGUGAUGUUUAAAUAGUUCAUUCAUUCAUUCACGCUGCAAAAAUGCUUCAUUAACUGUUUUUGUCCUAUUUCAAGUACAAAUAUCUAAAAAUUCUUAAAUCAAGAUGGAUUUUCUAUAUAAGGAAAUGAUAUAAGAUAUUUAGUCUUGUUUUCUGGGGGGAUCUAAAUUAAGUGCAUUUUACUUAAAAUGAUCAAUAUCUGCCAGUGUGGUAAUAAAAAUAAUCUUAAUGCAAACGGAAAACAAGAUUAGCGCGGUAGUAGCGCGUUGGACGCUGAGAACUAAAUUGCGACGUAAUUGACUGGGUUCGAAUCUGCCAAGCUCUCUAUUCUCCCCUCUCCCAUCACAUCAAAAAGGCAUUUAUUUUCAAUAAAAAUGAAGAAAAUGUUCUGAAAGUGGAAGUAAAUUGCCUAACGAGUGUUUAAUAAUGAUAAAAUAAUUUACACUGUGUUAUUAUUGCAUCCUGUUAAUUUACAACAAUACUGAGGUGCAAAUAGUAUGUAUCUGCCAGUAUAAAAAAUAAAUAGCAUCUAAUUACUAUUUACACUUAUUGCAAAUAACUGCUACUUUUAGCCUACAUGGUAAAUAGAACAUAAUUUGCAAAAAAAUAAAAAAAGCACUUAAAUUAUUAUUUUAUUUCUUCCCUUUUUGCAUGUGGGGAAACCAUGAAAAUGAAUAUUAGUUCAAUAACUUACCGUUCUGCCAGUUUUCACCUUUGAUAUUAUAACAGUGAUAAGAAUUAAACUUGCAUUGACUCAGAAGUAUGCGGAUGUCAUUUUGUCACGUGGUGAAUCGUAAUAUCAGAGCUCCAUUGAUGAUGGCUUUUCAUAGUCGUGGUCACGCUUAACUCAGAGUCAACCUACUCAGAGUCGAUUGAACUAACUCAGUUCAGCUAUUCUGAAACAGAAAACUCAGAGUUUCCCAUUUCAGAGUAAGUCAACUCAGAGUUCAAGUUUUAACUCAGAGUUGGUUGAAUCUCCUUAUUGAAACGGGCCCCAGUUCUUCAGACAGUAAUUGAGAGGAGUUCCAGUAAGUAGGCUGUCAAAGCUAUUUUAUUCAAAAACAUCGGGUGAAGUGAUUAUUUUCUCUUUAAUACAGACGAUGCAGAGUAAUUAGUCAUUAAAAAAAAAAAAAAAAAAUUGAUGAUAACUGAUGAUUUUUCCGUGAGUCCGCUAUGUUAGCGAUUAUAAUGUUACCUAGCUUGUUUACGAUAGCUUGUUGGAUACUAAGUCACCCACACCAACAACAACUAACAUUGUGAUAAGCAUAAGUGUGAACUGUUAUAAGGCUAAUAGAUUUACUGUUGUGUGUUGGGUUUUGCUCAAUGUGUAUUCAUCGUAUUUUGGUGACUUGGUUGUAAACAACUUUAAAAAUAUUCCAAUAAAUAAAUGGUUUUGAAGAAGAA